GGAUUUGUCCUACUUUAACUUGAUUCAACUUUUUUGAAACGACUUGAGUUCACUUUUAGCCAUUUUCUCAGCAAAUUUGAAUUUGAUGGAGGAAUAUAGAUGCCCUUAGUCAUUGUUUUUGGAUACGUGCACUGAUGUAAUCAUAGAGUACCCACUAAUGGUAUAAGAAAUGCACUGGAGAGGGGAAAUGUUUCUCCUAUGCAAAAUUUAGUAAAAAAAUGUGAUUUUAUCAAGAAUCAAGAAACUUAGGGUUUUUGUUGCGUGAAUCUUGUUGAUAUGGGUUGAAAGCAACUCAAACUUAUUUAAAUUUUGCUACUGGGUAGCGACUAUUGUAGUGAGAAACAUGUGUGGGACUUGGAGAGCAAUAUCAUAACAAAAAACUAGGGGGAGAGAGAGAGAGAGAGAGAGGAUGUGGGAUUGGUCACUUGUAGCAAAAAGGAAAUUAUACAACUAUAGCUUAUUGUGUCUUUGAUGUUACAAAGAAUUCUACUAUAAGAAACAUUUUAGAAAUCGAACCUGUAUUUGCCUCAAUAGAUAUUUCUCCUUUUAUUAUUUUGAAUGAUUAUUAUCUCUAAAUUGGUGAUGUAAAUAUAUGUAUUUCAGGCUGUAAUAAAGCAGUUUAGUGGGACCAGUUAUGAAAGUUCUGAUGUGAUGGUCAUUGAUGAGGUUGAAAUGCAAAGACAUCAACAGUUAGAGAAAUUUUACAGGUCUACUUGUGCAGGAAAGGAUUUUCAGAAAGAUAUUAUUAAAGCAGCAGAAGCAUUUACAGCCAUAGGGUACAAGAAUAUUGAAGCAGGAACCAAGUUGUCUGAGGAUUGUUUCAGAUAUGGAGUUGAGAACGUUGAUGACAAGAUUCUAGCUAAGGCUGCAUCUCUAUAUGGCGAUACCCGUAAACAUAUGGAACAGGAGCAAGAAGACAUUAAUAGGCAAUUAUUUUCUCAGAUUUUAGAACCAUUGAGAGCAAUGGUAACUGGGGCUCCUUUGGAGGAUGCUCAUCAUCUUGCUCAACGUUAUAGUCGAAUGAGACAAGAAGCAGAGACACAGGCAGCAGAGGUUUCUAGAAGACAUGCUCGACUAAGGGAAGCUCCCAUUCCUGAAAAUGUGGCAAAGUUUCAUGCAGCAGAAUCUAAAAUGCAUGAAUUGAAAGCAAAUAUGGCAGUACUGGGUAAGGAAGCCACAACUGCAUUGGCUUCUGUAGAAUCACAGCAGCAAAGGUUGACAUUCCAGGGGCUUGUUUCAUUGGUUGAAGGUGAAAAAUCAUAUCAUGAAAGAAUAGCUACCAUUCUUGGUGAGGUUGAAGCUGAGAUGGUCUCAGAGAAACAACGAAAAGAGUCUGCUCCUCCUGUAAUUCCAUCCACCUACAGCUUAGAGAAAACAAAGUACUUCUUGGCUGAGGCAAUGCAUGCUUUUGAUGCUGCAUCCGAGAAGGAACUGAGUUUGACAGUUGGUGAUUAUGUUGUUGUACGGAAGGUGAGCCUAUCGGGAUGGUCAGAAGGAGAAUGCAGAGGUAAAGCAGGCUGGUUUCCAUCAGAACAUGUGGAGAAACGCCUGAGGAUUCCCACCAGUAGUGCAUCUGCUGAAGUUUUUUGAGCUGUGUGCUGAUGAUAUGCCUACUAAUGGCCUUGAAUAGAGUGGAGUGGGGAAGAAGGAUUCAUAUAGCUGACCCUAGUUGAUGGGACUUAAGGCUUGGUUUGGUUUGAUGAUAUGUCUUUAUCAAGGACAUAACUUGGAAGGACUAGCUUUCUUUUGUUUAUUUGAUGUAAUUAUUUUUGUUCAAGCCUUGGGUUUUAAUUGUAUUGAGUUGAAUUCAUUUUGAUGUACCAAAGUAUCGACUUAGAAAGAUGUAGCCAUUAUGGCAUAUAAUUAUUCUGGUUUUCUUUUAUUUCAAUCUUUGUACACAUGUCAUAUGCUAUAGAUUCAGGAUCUAGAAUUAUGAAUAU